UGUGCAGCGUUGGCGGCAGUUGCUGGUCGUCCGCCGACCUGCGCGUACUGCAGCAACAGGGGGUGUGAGUGUACAGCCACCUGGCCACGAACGGAGCACACCAGCCGCGGCGGUCGAAGGGCAAGAGGAACAAGUGUCCGCGCCGAGCUACGGGGUCAAAGGAAGAUGGCGGCGGCGCAUCGCAACGUGCCAGAGUAGUCCAGUGAUGCAAGUGCGCGGCCGUACCGUUGCGUGCUCCGAUCGUCCCGCAUGAGAUCGCUCGUGGCUGAGCGGAGCGCGGCCAGAUGACAUGGGAAUUUGCAGCAGAAGGCACUUUCUACUGACGAUAUGCGUUCUUCAACUGAUUACCACGAUAGAGCGCCAAGUGUUCGACUUCCUGGGGUUUAUGUGGGCUCCGAUACUGGUCAACUUCUUCAACAUUAUCUUCGUGAUCCUAGGAUUCUUUGGGGCCUUUCAAUACAGACCUAGAUAUAUCAUAUCGUAUUGUGUAUGGAACACAUUAUGGCUAGGAUGGAACAUAUUUAUAAUAUGCUUUUACCUCAAUGUAGGAAUACUGGACAAAAAUAGCGAUAUUCUCAACCUUGGCACCGGCAGUUUCUCGUGGUGGCAUGUUAAUGGACCAGGCUGCAAAGCUGUUUACGAUGUUAUGGAACCGGAGCUGUUUCGACCCGCACGUCCCUCUAAUGUGACUGAUUGCGUGCUGAACUACGAAGUGAUAGAAAUUUUACACGCAGCGACACAAUGUAUUUUAGGUUUAAUGGCGAUUGUCGGUGGGAUCUGUCUGAGUAAAGUGUUCCUCGAGGAAGAUGAUAGCUUUGACUUUGUCGGAGGCGAUGACUUUGGGCUGGCAGGCCACACGCCGUUGCAUCCUAUGUACGUUAGCUACUCGGCUCUUCCACCACCCGCCUACUCCCAAAAGAAUUCCACCCUCAAUUACCCGACCGGCACAGCUAGCUCGCACCAGUCCACCUGUCGCGAGUCGGGCUUUCCGAAACGCGGCGGCGAGAAGCUGCUGCUGGACGGUUCCGCGCGCGGCGUAGCCGACGCUCUCAGGAACGGCGACGGCGGCACGGUCCGCAGUAAUCGCAGUAACCGCUCGCCGAGUCGCGAUUUCCCGGGCAUAGACUACACCACCGACUACUCGAAUCCGCUGGACCACUUGCAGCGGCCGGUGUCGCCGUCGUACGACGAGUACGACUCGCUGGACAGCGCAGCUAAGCUGAGAUAUCAGAAAAACCGGCUGUACUACCCGCACUCGGCCAAGUACAGCCCGGUAGCGCGUAUCAAGCUGCGCCCGGCCGCGGCCAAGCAGCACACCGCCGGCAAAAGCGGCGGCCACGGCAGACCGCGGCUCUUCACCGAUCACGUACGCGAUCAACCCCUGAGGUCGUUUUACUCCGACCCGAGAUUGGCAGUCGAGCAGCAUCAAUCCACGAGCGAGCGCGACAGAUCGUCCCAGUCGAAACGCGACAGCCGACCCUUGUCCCUGUACGCGAUACGAACUAAGCGACGGAAGAAGCAGCCGCGGCCGCUGUACAGCAUCGAGUACUCGCAGCCGGAGCCGCCGGUGCAGGACGACAGCGUGUCACCGAAGCCGAUGACCCCGCGCAGGGUGAAACGACGCUCGGUGAUUUCGCGGGACGGCACGCGCCGCUCGAGCAGACGCAGCUCGGUACGUCAGUCGCGCCGGAAGAACCCGGUGAACCGAAUCAUGGACCACCAGGAGAACCUGUACGCCAACACCGGGCCCAUCAGUCAGCUCACGAACCAGAACGUCAACACGCUCAACUCGCAAUCAGGCUCCCUCAACUAUGACCGAAUCUCGUCGGUCGGUUGGGACCGCGACUCUCGUCGUGACACCAACUGGCAGCCAGAGGCAGUCAACAUGGCGGUGUCAUCACCGACCCUGUGGCCCCAAGAAAUACCCAACAGCUACUCGAACGCGUCCAGCUAUCCAAGCCAAGCGCAGAGCUCGCUAGACUGGGAUCAGACGAGGGGCAGUUCCACCCGCAAUCUCACUGACAACUGGCAGACCACGACCGAGCUCAGCCCGAUGCAGUGGCAAGGUCAGAGCAACCCUACGUUCCAGCAGACGAGCACACAGAGCUUGAACGGCGAAGACCUCGAGGAGCUGUAUGGUAAUCGACCAGCUAGCGCCAGGUCCAGUUACAGUAACUAUCAUGGUGUCAGGGCGACGCCGCAGGUGCCCAAUCGGACCGACGUGGUCAGACAGAGUCAGCGACAGUUCGUCCUCAGCGGUCCACCCGCUUAUCAGGACACGGUGAUUUAACGUAGCGUUUAUUGAAACGGAGCUCUGUUACACUCAGAGAGAACGGGGGCCGUUCGAGAGACGAUCGAGUCGCGAGUAGGAUGAAGCGGCCCUUGCGGAAUCCUAUCUACCGCGAUGUGAUACACGCAUAGAGAAAAGGAAUUGAUUGAAUUCACGACAAUGAUACAACUAGACGCGUUUCGCUUGAAGGAAACGGAACUUCUGGUUCUUCUGUAUGAACCGAAUUUAGUUCAUAAAUAAAAUUUGAGAUUCUCAUGAACCGAAUUUAGUUCAUUAACAAAAUUUUUGGUUCUUAUAAACCGGAUUCAAUUUUAUAACAAUUUCUUAGUUAGUUCUUAUGUUUUGGUAAUUCAGUUUUAUUCUCUCUUAGAUUCAGGAAUUUUACUUAUGAAACAAAUUCGACUCAUAAGAACUAACAAGUAUUCUGUUAGUGGCAAUUCAUUCGAUAAUCUCAUUUUUAAUAAGUGGAACGUGCCUCUCUGGAAGCACAAAAAGGAUAAAAGAAAGAGCAAGUUUACGUAUCACCUAGAUUUGAAAACUUAAUGAUAUAUGAAUAAAAUUCGAUUCUUAAGAAAUUCCAUCUCCUUGAAGCAAAACGCGUGUAGUUAUUUGUCGUCGUCAUGUUAAUACAGUCAAUCUUUUUUCUCUAUGCGGGGAAAGGGGUAUAAUCGUUCGUGAGCGACGCUAUACCUCUCGUAGAACCGUCGUAGUGGGAAUGGUACUAUUUUUGAUAGUGCUAGUUGCGUACGUGUCGACUAGUUGCUGUUCGAUUCGACUCGAGAGAAAGUGUGUGAUGAUGGAUUUUGUAAGAGCGCGAUGUAGUUGCAAAGUGCGCUGCUGAUCCCUUUUCCACCGUGGUCGGAAGUGAUUUUUAUGUUGGAAAAUCUCCGCCUCCGGUUACAUCGACGUGAAAGCGCUGUACCAUUUCAAUUAAUUUUUACUGUUGUCACAGUCAAUUAAUUGCAGUUGCAAUCUUAGUUUAAGAGACCGCGUUCUCCACGGUGAACUGACGGUGGAAGAAAGAUCAGAGAGUCGCGACUUCGCUGAUCUUAGAGCUUUACUUCGUACGAAUCGACGCGACGGAUCUCUACUAGUGUCGCGUCGCGUUGCGAUAAGUGCUGAAAAUGCACGCUUGGUUUCAAGAAGGUUUGGCGAAUGCAACUUGGAACGUAGCCGAUGCUCCAACGGGAGAAUCUAAUUUUUGCUAAUUAAUACGUUCGCUGUUAGUGUCACACAUGUGCCACGAUCUUUCAUGAAAGACGACGUCACGUGCGUCUGACAGCGAGAAUUUUUUUUAUGUUCAUAUGAUUAAACUGCUUUGCAUAUUUACAUAAAAAAAAAACACGAAAUAGUCUGUGGAAAGGGUUUCCAAAGUAAAAUUAGACAGUGUCAAUUAAAAACUAUUAUAGUACUCUUGUACUAUCGGUUGCGUUCCAAACUGUAUCGAGGAGAAAAUCUCCAAACCGUAUCGAGACCACGUAUACACGAAGAAAAUAUUGUAGUAAAAAUUGUUAAGAUUAUGUUCCUUUAUUUCACAAUUUUUUAGUUUUUGUAAAACUAAAUCAUGCUGAGAUAUUGCAAUAUCAAUUAUGAUCAUUUAUUAUAGACAUAGUAUAUAUUUGCUACGAUAAUAUAUACUAUAGAAAUAGUAAAUAUUAUACCAAAUACGAUAUGAGGAACGUUCAAAUAAUUACAACAAUUUUGUAACAAAAAAUGUAUGACAUUUUUCGACAAAUGUAAUUUCUAUCAUAAUUAUUGUACUACAAAAUUUCGUUGUAAUUUUCACUACGAUAUUUUCUCGGUGUACAUAACGAGUGCGUGUCUUUACGUGACUUCCUCAAAGACUCGAGGAACCUCGCGAUCCGGUCGCACAGGUCAUUUGAUGAUGUCUCGCGAUCAGCCAACGUAAUGUAAGCGACAAUCGACCGCGGAUCCGGCGCGGCCAAUUUCACGUGAGCCCAUUUUGAAAUCGGCGCAAGCUGAAGUAACACGAGAUCGAAGCGAGACGCAGAAACUGGCGUCACGAAUGCACACACAUGAAAACACCGUUUCUCGUUUUCGCCACGUACAAAUCGAACUCGCGUCACUCGCAAAAUGGCUCGCACGCGAUUACAAUGAAGGUUGCCUUCGCUCUCAGGAUAGAUUUACCUGACUGACGUAUGUAAAAUUAGUGUACUUAAAAUAUGGUGAUCUUAAGCGGAUCGGCGUUAGGAUUCUUAAGCGAGAAGCACUCUCUUUUCAUCGUCUAUCCUCGUCAACGAGAACCUCCUCCACGGGAGAUUCUCGUCCGCGAACAAUCUCUUCAUCCUCUUCUACCAUCCUCCUUCACCAUCUACUCAUCCUAUUUAUAUCAUAGAACCGAGGUUUCUCUUGCUUUGCGCGCAUAAAAUCAAAAGAGAUCACCGCGUCCUCUGUAAAUAUAAAUCUUUAUGGUCUCGCUCGCGUCGCUCUCGAUAAUGUGUCUCCCAUGACGCGAAUGAGAUAAUCGACUACACUCACGAUUCUCACGAAUCUUCACGGGCAACCUGUUCGCGCUGUCAACUUUUUAAUGCCGAUUAUAGAUUGAGAACUUGUGAAAAUUCACGAUAUUUUCGAACCGACUAUUUUACGCAGCCCCGUAAUAGGUACGGCUGUCGCGCGUGUGGAUUCGGAUAUUCGCGUGUGUGUCUGGACGUAUGUGACAGUCUUCCAGUUUCUAUUGGAUAUCGUAGACUUUAUAGGGAAUGUCGUCCAAAUAUUCGACGUGUCUCUCUCGAUAUAUCAUUUUUAUAAAGUAAAAUUAUAGGUACAGAAAAAGGAAAAGCAAGUUUAUAGUGCUAGACAAAUCAGAUAUACAAAGAAGAAAGGAAGGAAAAGCAAAUUUUCGUAUAUCCCUUAAGCCAGAUCUACAAUACGUUCUUUGCGUUCCGUUUCUUGUCUUCUGUCUCUUUCUGUUUUGUCUUUUAAAACUUAAGGUUUGAGUCAGAAAAAGAUAAAGAGAAAAAAGCCGGAAGCAAAGAGCAUAUUGUAGAUCAGGCUUUAGAUUCGAACCCUUGAAAAUAUAUUUGAAAGAGAAGAACGUUUGUCUCGGCGACUUGGAUGGCGUUUCCCGGCAGAUGAUAAGGAUUGGAACUGCGAUUUUCACUUUUGUUCGUAUUAAGGGUACGAAUGAUAACUUAUAUAGAAUCGGCAAUAAUCACAUAUGAUAUGGUGAUGUGUGCAAUACUGCCCGUUUUGCAGCAACGUUUAAAAUCGCAAAAUAUAGUUACAAUUUAUACGUACCGUUGAGAAUUUACAAUAAACUCCCGACGCGCCCGAUUCUCUUUUCGAGUCGUUUACACGUCAUUUACACGAAACUUUUAUCUUCAGAAUCCUCGGGGACCUACCGAUCGAAUUUGAAUCUAUGGAAAGGGAGACUUUGACGAAGUGUCCAUUUCCUCUUUACUACUAGAUUCGACGAAAACGGUGAUCGCGUCGAUGAGAAUCGAUGAAGAACUGAGUAACUCUAUAUAUAAGUGUUUUUUUUUUCUUUUUUUACAAGUAUUAGUAGAAUUUUGCACUGAGAAGGAUGAUUCGUCUGCAAGUGCGUCGUGAAUUUCGAGUAAGAAGGAGAUGAAAACCAAAGUGUAUUAAAUAUCAAUAUAAACUUAAGAUGUAUAAACUCUGAAACUGCCUCACUCGUUUCGUGCGACUAUUGUACAACCUAGAAUUAAUCCUGAGACUAGUUCUCGAUGUGUUUCACACGAUGUGUGAGACGCGCCGCGAAACGAGUUCACCGCACUCUCUGGCUACUCGUACGAAUCUCGUAGUUCAUCGAUCGCGUAAUGUUUUUAGUUAGUCGGAUAAUCACGUUCACGACUAGUAGGAUAAUUUUAUAUGCAGGGCAGCUGUGUUUUAUCGAGAUUUACACAUUUAACAAAGCGCGCGCGCGCGUGCUUGGCAGAUUAUUAAUAUUAAUAUUAUUAAUAAUGAGAGAGAUAUUGAUAAUAUUGUUAAUAUUAUUAAUAUUAUUAUUAAUAUCAGUGUUUUAAUAUCAGUGUAAUAUCACUUGGUGUUUUUUGUUCUUUUUACUAAGACAACAUCUCACAUAUCACAUCUUGCUUUAACUUGUCUUGUUUGAAACGACAGGAAUCUACGGCGAUUAUUUGUUAUUAAUUAUACACACUGAGAUAUAGGGUACAAUAUUAUUCGAUACGACGACUUAUACCGUUUGAAUUUCACAAUUACUUCGCAAUGUAUUAUUAUCGUGUAACAAUUACGAGACAAUAAACAAUAAGUGUUCAUUAGUCUA